AUGAAUAACUUGACACAUACGAGCUAUCACCAUAGCACGACUACUCAUCCUCCUCUCACCUCUAGUUCCGAUUCGCCUUCACUCGUCUCCUCAUCCGCCAUUCGUCCCUCCCUUCCCGCCGCAAUGUCGCACCCACAGACCGUUCAGUUCAACCAGCAAGCACCGCCGCUAUCGGCGGGAUACCUUAACAGUAACCCGUAUUCUUCUUCUCAGAUGGCUCACUUCAUAGCGUCUAACUCACUAGCUUACACUAACGAAGCCUCGUACGCGUCGCUCCAGCAUAGCUCGCAACCGGCGCCUGACGCGCGUUUUUCUCAUCUCAACGUGGGUUCGUCGCGCCCCACGUCCGCCCCACUCUCGUCCUCGUCUUUGCCGUUUCAAAACCAAUCGUUCUAUCCGCCGCAGCCGCCGUUUCCUCAGAACUCGCAAUAUCCGCUGUCGGCCGCGCAGCCAGCGGGCACGCCGCCUAUGCACCCCUCCUCGUUGCCUCUGCACGCUCCAGCUGCUAACGCCGUGAAUUCUGGCCCUCGAAACACCGCCGCUCUUGCCCGUAAUGGAAACCACAUGCCGUCUGCUCACGGCGGGCAAUUCGGUGCUCCUGACGGGCAGGCUGCUUUUAACGGUCAAGUGGGUCUUUCGGCGCCGAACACUGCGUUCAACCGUCAGGUCGUCGGAGUGUCAGGUCCAUCGGCAAUCCAUCCGAUUCGGCCGCGGCAGAGCCAGGAGAACGUGAACCAAUCAGGCGCAACCGCUCCCUUCUUACAAGCCUCCGCCGCCGCCUGCUUGCCCGCUCCGUCCAUUCCUUCCGCUCCUUCCGCCCGUUCCGCGCCUUCCCCUCCUUCCGCGCCUUCCGCGGGUUCUCAAUUCCACGUUGCUUCCUCGACGGCUAACGCGGUGGGCGGUCCCUCCGCCGUUGCCGCCGCGCCCACCGUCCACUCCCGCCCUGCAGCUGCGUCACCCGCCGCUCCACCGCAGAGGUUGAAUGGCGUGGGGUCUCGCAUGAUUGGGGUACCGUCACCUCCUGCUUCCGCGUCGGCUGCUGCGUAUGCUCCAAAUCCUGCGCCUGUUCCCGCGCUUUCGUCCUUGGAUCCGGAAUCGCAGACGCGCGUGCUUAGUCUGCUUAUGCAGGAGGCAGAGAGGAACAAUGCGGGUGUUUUCACACACGGUUCGCCAAGUGGCAGCAUGCCUGCUACAGCUGCUACAGCUGCUAAAGCUGCUGCGUGUAGCGCUCUCCUCACCGCCAUGCCGUCAGGUCCAGCUGCUGCCUCUCUCUCCGCUCCCCCUGCCGCCCGCGCUGCUCCCCCUGCUUCCGCCCUCCGCCCGCCUUCCGUCCGCGCGCCUGGCUCCUUCUCCCAACCACCUGCCUGGGCGCCUUCCGCCAACCCGACUGCCGAGGUAGCAGUCAUACCCGCGGCGAGUGCAGCGGGCGCACCGGGCCCGCGCAUAACCCUGUGCGACGCUGACGCGACACUCUUCCGCGACUCUCGCCUCCCCAAACUUUCCGCCGCUUCCUCUGCGCCUGCCGUCACCUCAUCUCUCACCUCUUCCCCUCCCGCACCCACUUACCCACCUGCACCCACUCCCCCCGCACCCACUCUCCCCGCAUCCGCUCCUUUCCCAAGCCCCGCUUCUAGCGCAGCCUUCGCCUCGGUUCCAGCUCACUCGCCUCCCCCCGUUCCCACCCCCUCCGCCCCUACCCUCUCCGCUCCUACCCCCAGCGCUCCUACUCCCCUUGCUCCUACUCUCGCCGCUCCUACCUCCCCGGCCCCUAAUCCUUUCGCCCCCGCUCCUACUCUUGCUGCUCCUAAUCCCCCUGCUCCCAUUCGCACCGUUCCUAGUGCCCCCGCUCCUACUCCCACUGCUCCUACCUCCCCUGCUCCUAACCCCGCCCUUACUACCCCCGCCGCUUCUACCUUCCCCACCACCGAGUCUUCCCCAGUAAUCCCUCCUUCUGCCACACCUCCCCUCCCCUCCGCUCCUCCCGCCCCGCCUGCCCCACGUGGCACCGCGCGCGCUGCCAACGCCUCCGCCAACGGGCGCUCCUCCGGGGCAAACCCGCGCCCUCCCGCGUCCACCCGCCGCCCUCCCGUCGCUGGCGGGCGCAAGCGCGCACAGCCGCCAUCCAACGACGCGGCAGGGUCGUUAGCCAAUCAGAGAGCAGCAAGUCUACCGUCGCGUGGCGCUAUGAUGGCGCUGGCGGCGGCAGCGGGAGGGGACGCUGAAGCGGACAUGAGGGAAGUGUACUUCCUCAUUCUGCACUUUUUGACGGGCAGCCCGUGCCGUCGGGCAGCGGAAGUUUUGAAAGAGGAGCUGGAGGAGUUGAAUCUGCUUCCACAGCGGUACCAUGCGGUGUACUCCCGUGGGGGGAGGCGGACAGGCGCAAGCAGCGCGAGCGAAGGGCGGCCGGGUGGCAGAGGCAACGAGCGUGGCAGCGAGGGGAGUGCACAUGGGGAGGCGGGGGUGGUGGGCGCACAAGUGAAGGGUGGGGAGGGUGGGCGGAGGGGAGGGGGUGCGGAGAGGGAGUCGGAGAUGACUGUACCCAUGAACUACGAGCAGCUCAGGGAGAGGUAUUCGCACAUAGCACCCAACCACCUCUUCCUGCUGCUGCAGGAGCUGCUGCAGUCGUCCCAUCUCGCCGUCUCCUCCGCCUCCCUCCUCCCCUCCGCGCCUCUCUCCUCCUCUCCGCCCCACCCGCCACCGUCAGCAGCACCAGCCCUCCCUCCUGCCCCGCUUGCUGCAGCAGCUGUUGCACCCACCGUCUCUGCUCCUCCCUCUGCCCCCCCACUUCAAAUCACCGCCGCCCCCCUUUCCGCCUCCGCCUCCGCCACUGCACUAGAGGAGGCUUUGCCAGGUGCCGCAGCCCCAGCCGCCGCUGCAGCUAUGGAUGUGAGCGCCGGCCGUGGCGUGGAGGCAGGGCGGCAGGUAGGUGGCACAGAGGCAGCAGCAGAGAGAUCAGUAGGUGCGGCUGUGGCACAGAUGCUGGGAAGCGGGACAGAGGCUGCUGCAGCAGCAGGGGCCAUUGAAGCAGGCGUGGCGGCAGCAGCAGGUGGCGAAGCAGCUGGGGCAGCGUUAGCAGUGGUGGCAGCAGCAGAUGCGGCAGGCAGCAGAGCGCUCGUGCUGGCAUCGCCGGCAACGGUGGUGGGAGCAGCGGCCGGGGCAGAGAGGGGCGAGUGGGGUGAGAAGGGUGCAAGCGGGGAGGGUGUGUUGGUGAGCGGGGGGGCGGGCGUGGCAGGAGCACGGGACAGGUGGUGGGUGUGUGCGGGAGACGUGCCAACGCUGCUGGGCCAUGGCGGGAUAAGCCUGAGACGAGCGGAGUGGCUGCCAGCGCUGCUCUCUCCUCCGCGCACCUUUCUGCCCCACACGGCCCAUCCGCACCUCUCUGCACCGCUCCUGCGCUCCCUCACGCUCAGAGAAACGGGCGGAGGGGUCUGCUCGCGUGCUGCCAGGGCUGUCAGCGCACGGGCGGCGUCGCUAGUGGCGUCCCCCGCGCUGCUGCUGAGCCGCAUGGAGCAAGUGAAGGUGCUGCGCGGCCACCGCAACGCCGUCUACUGCGCGGUGUACGACCACGGGGGGCGGUACCUGAUAACGGGGUCGGACGACCGCCUCGUGAAGAUCUGGAGCAUGCACCAUGGCAUCUGCCUCUCCACCUGCCGCGCCCACACCGGUGACAUCACGGAUCUAGCGGUCAGUCAGGGCGACAAGUGGGUGGCAUCAGCGUCCAACGACUGCCUCAUCCGCGUGUGGGAGCUACCGAGUGGGCAUCUGGAGGUGACGCUAGUGGGCCAUGCAGACGCCGUCACCGCUGUCGCAUUCAGCCCCACCACUCACCACCACCUCCUCUCGGCAUCGGAGGAUGGCUCAUGCCGGCUGUGGGACGUCACAGCAGCAGCGGACAGCACCUGCCUGCGCCUCUUCCUGCCUGCCUCCCACGCAACCAAGAUCCCGUUCCCGCCAGGGACGUUUCUGAGCCGCAUCCAGCAGGGGGGCAGCGAGCUCACUCCUGAGGAGCGGGCCAAGAUGCUGCCCCCCAAAGUGCUGUGCGCUGCCUUCAACGCCGAGGGCUCGCUGUUUGUCACGGGCAGCGAGGAUGGGCGCACGCGGGUGUGGGAUGCGCGCCUCCCUGCCCUCGCACCCAAGGAGCCCUCCCAGCAGCAGCAACAACAACAGCAAGAGCAACCACAACAGGUGCAACAGCAACAAGAACAGCAGCCACAGCAGCAGGAACAGCAGCAGCAGCAGCAGCAGCAGGGGCCUUGGGCGGCGGGGGUGGGUGCGGGGGGCCGGGAGAGAGUGGGGGUGCAGCACGAGGUGCAGGAGCUGCUGGGGCAUCAGGGGUCAGUCAACUUCGUGCAGUUCAGUGGGUGUGCGGGAGUGCAGCAGGAGGUGGCGUCUGGUGGGGACGAGGAGGGGAGGGGUGUGGGGGAGAAGGGGAAAGGAAGUGCGGAGGGGGGAAAGCGAAAGGAGAAGGACAAGGAGAGGCGACUCAUCUCCCUCAACACGGCCAACCGGGGGGGAGUGGAGGCGAUAGUGUCGUGUGCGCGAGACGGUUCCGCCUUCAUCUGGCGCCCGCGGGCGCGCCGCGUGCAUGGCAAGCACCAGCACUGGCACAAGGCGCUGCAGCUCACCGCCCCCCCGCGCCCCCUGCCUGUGCCCGCGGGGGCUGCAGCAGGGCAGGGCGCAGGGGGCGGGGGGAGGGCAGGGGCGAGGGCGAGGGCGAGGGAUGCGGCGGGGGCGGCGGCGAAUAUGAUCAUCUGGUCGCUCGACUGCCAGCUCGUGCUGGCUGCCCUCACAGAUGCGCGCAUCUGUGUGUGGCAGGCAAGCACAGGCGAGCUCAUACACUGCCUCACAGCACACCAGGAGCAGGCGUUCGUGCUGGACGUGCAUCCCACGGACCCGCGCAUUGCCAUGAGCGCGGGGUACGAUGGCCGGGUUAUCGUGUGGGACAUCUGGAAGGGACAGCCAAUUGCCAUCCGCCACGUCACCAAUUUCCAACUCGUCGACGGGCACUUCUCUCCGGACGGCACGGGGCUGGUGGUGGCGGACGAGGUGGGGCAGGUGUAUGUGUUUGCCACGGGGGGCAAGGACCAAUGGGCGCACAUCCACAUGGACCAGUUCUUCCUGGGCGACUAUCGUCGAUUCGCCCUCGACUCAUUCCACAACGCCCUCGAUGAGGUGCAUUCUCAUGCCUGCCUGCACUCAUGCACUCCCCUGUACUUCCGAUUGCCUGCACUUUUGCUUUCGCCUGCACUCCUGCUUCCCUCCCACUCUCCCCUGCACUCCCGCUCUUGCUCGUAUUGCUUCUCCCACUUCCAUUCCCUCUCUUGCCUCCCAUCUCAUCCGCGCACCCAAUGGCCACUCAUGCCCCACCCCCCACACCAGGAGACGAACGUGUUAACGGAGGAGCGCACGUGGAUGGAUCCGAUAUGCGAUGCGGGCAUGCAGCCGUACCCCGACCCCUACCAGGCGCGCUUCCACGCGCUGCGCUUCGCCCUGCUCGCGCGCCCCUACCACCCCCCCUCCUUCCCGCUCCGGGUGGGGCGCAUAGAGGCCGACGACCUGGCCUUUCAGCCCGUCCCCAACGAGCCCCUUGGCGCCCCCGGCUCUGCGCCCCUGCCCCUCCUGCCCCUGCCUGCUGCUGCUGGCGGUGGCGGGCGCGGGGGAGGUGGGCGGAGGGAGGGCGUGAGGAGGGAGGAAGGAAGGGGGAGGAGGGAAGAGGAUGGGGAGGUGCAGGUGGUGAGUGGGGGCGAGGAGGGGGAGGAGGGGAGGGUGGGCGGGGGAGAGGGGGGUGUUGCAGGGGGGGGUGAUGGAGGGAGGGGGAGAGGAGAGGUGAGGCGGCGGGAAGGCCAGCGGUGGGAGCUGAGGGAGAGGCUACCUGUGAGGCGGUAUGAGGGGUUUGAAGUGACCAUGGGGGGGGAGGAGGAGAGGGGCGAGGAGGAGAGGGGAGAGGAGGACUCAGAGUAUGAAGUGAGCGGAGGGGAGGAGGAGAGGCGCGGAGGGAGUGAGGAGGAGCAGGAGGGGGAGACGGAGGAGGAGGAGGAGGAGGGUGGGCAGGGCGAGGGGGAGGAGGAGGAUGGGCAGGGCACAAGACGGUUUGCUGCGGGCGAGGAAGAAGAGGAGGAGUAUGAUGAGGAGGAGGAGGGAGAAGGAGAAGAUGAGUGGGAAGAGGAUGAGGAAGAGGAGGAUGAAGGGGAAGAGGAGGAAGGGGAAGAGGAGGAAGGUGAGGACGGGGAUGAGGAAGAGGAUUAUGAGGAGGAGGAGGACGUGGAGCAGUACAAGCGGGUGGGGCACGCCUCUAGAAGCCUGGCCACUGCACCUUACGGCCACCAGUGGCCGCAUGGCUCGCAGGCGGGGGGCGGGCAUGGAGGGGGGGAAGGCAGUGGGCAUGGGAGGGGGCAGCAGGGCGUGUUGGCAGUGAGGGGCGGGCAGAGUGCCAUUACUCCUGUGGGGGGAAACGGGCUCAAACUCAAAAUUAACCUCAGAAAACCCUCUGCUGCCGAUGCUGCUACUGCUGAUGCUGCUGCUGAUGCUGCUGGUGGUGCCGAUGCUGCUGCUGGUGCGAGUGGUGCUGGCGCGUCUGCAGCGGGUGGUGGUGGGGGCGGCAGCGGGGGCGGCAGUGCGGGCAGCUCGUGUGCAGCGCUGCGUGGAGUGACCAAGUCGCAGCUCAAACAGCGCAUGGAGGCUCAACGCACCCAGGCCGCACAGACCCUGCAGAAGCACGCUCUCGCCCAGGCGCAGGAGGGAGGGGAGGCAAAGGUGGAACAUGCGGAGGAGGUGGAGGAGGAGGAGGAUGAGGGGGAUGAGGAGGUAGAGGAGGUGGAGGAGGAGGAUGAGGAGGAGGAAGUGAUGGAGGAGAUUGGAUCAGAGGAGGAAGAAGAGGAAAAUGUGGUGGCAGAGGUGGGUGCGGAGAGCACGCCAGGGAGGAGAACGAGGAGCAACAGUCGACAUGCUGCCGGUGGUGCUGAGGAAAUCUGGGACGAGGAGGAGGAGGAAGAGGAAAACGAAGAGGAAGAAGAGGAAGAGGAAGAAGGGGAGGAAGAUGAGGAGGAAGAUGAGGAGGAAGAUGAGGAGGAAGAUGAGGAGGAAGAGGAGGAAGAGGAAGAAGAUGAAGAAUAUGAGGAGGAGGAAGAUCAGGGGAAUUGGAAAGUAGAGCCCAACUGGGGAAAGAGGAAGACACGCAAGCGCACAGCAGGGGCGGGGGCACUCCCUGCAGGGAGGGGGGAGGUGCGGGGGGGAGGCGGGGGGGCGAGGCAGUCAGUGCGGGUGGUGGCAGGCAGGGGCGGGGGAAGGGGAAGGGGAAGGGGCAGGGGCAGGGGCAGGGGGAGAGGUAGAGGCAGGGGGAGGGGAGGCGGGAGUGCAUCUGGAAGGGCGGGGCAAGGGAGGGGCGCGGGCAGCAGAGGAAGAGGCAGCAAGGCGCGAGUUGCAGGAUCAGGUGGGGAUGGGGGCAGGGCGCGGGUGGGGUCAGGGAGGUCAUGGGGAGGUGUGGGGGAGAGGGGGAGGCGAGCUUUGGGUGAGGCGAGCGGGGAGGGGCUGGCAGGGGAUGGGGAGGGCAGUGAGGACGAAGAUGCAGAGGGGAUGGGCGGGGAUGAGAGUGAGGGAGAGGGGCUUGCAAGUGGGGAAAGGGGGGGAAGGGAGAGGGGCGAGGGUGGUGACGUGGUGAAGGGAGGACACGUGUUGAGGGCUAGGACACCACGGGGGAAGGGGAGGGGGGGAGAGAAGGGAGUGGCGAGGAAGAGAAAUGAGGGAGAUGAGAGUGAGAAGGGACUUGAGAGUGAGGAGGGGCAAGAGAGUGGGGAGGGGCAAGCGAGUGAGGAGGAGCAAGAGAGUAAGGAGGGGCAAGAGAAUGAGGAGGAGCAAGAGCGAGCAGGGGGUGAGCGAGGGCGCAUGUCGAAUUGGGUCGUGCAGAGUGCAUCACUGGGUACUGACGAACGUGCAGGCGUGCGUGGGGUGGGCGCUGUGUGGGCUGUGCAGAUGACGACGACGCCUGGCGCCCCUCCAAGCGCGCCCGCUGCUGACUCCGCGCCUGCUGGCGCUGCUAACAACCUAACUGAUGCUGCUGGAGGUGCUGAUGCUGCUGCUGCCGCUGCUACAGCAGCGGCGCACGGGGGCCUGCCGGUGGCGGUGCCGGCUGGCACGAGGAGGAAGAGGAACGCGCGGGGGACAGCAGUGCAGCGCACAGGCCGCACAGAUAGAGUGGGAGGAGGGUAUGUUCAGGAGGCUGAGGGCGGCGGUGGGUCAGGUGUGUGUGCUCUGGCGCUGCUUCUCCCCCGCACAGCAGUGCCGGCUGCUGCUGUGUGUGAGGGUGGUGGUGCAGACAUGGUGGGUCCUGGGAGCGGGGCCAGUGCGGGCGAACACGCUGUGGGACUGCACGAUGGUGGACGGGGGGAUGCCGGGGUACAUGGAGGGGCACGUGCAGGCACAGGUGCAGGAGCAGGUAGUCAUGUUGAGUGCCAGACAGAGGUUGCCGAGGGGAAGGGAGCCACUGGUGAGGAGGAUGGAAAUGGAGAGGAUGUGAGGAGAGAGGGGGAGGGCGAGGGCGCAGAGGAGGACGCGAGAGAGGCAGGUGCUGGUGUGGCGGGUGUUCUGGGGUCGGAGAGCAGGGCGGGCAGUGAGGGCGCAGGGGGUGCGGGGGACGGAGGGGAGUGGGGGGAGGAAGGGGGGGAGAUGAGUGCGCGCAAGGAGGAGCUGUUCGUUGAGCUGUUUGGGGAGGAGGGCGCGGACGAGGGCGCAGGGCUGCCUGGGGACGACCUGCUCAGCCCGCUUGGUGCUGGGGCGGGGGGCACGGAUGAGGGCGGUGGGGGGGAGGCUGGCAGAGACGAGGGCGGUAGGGAGGAUGGCGGAGGGGAGGUGGGCGUCAAGGAGGAGGGAGACGGAGGCAAUACUAGCGAGAGGAAUGGGUGUGAUCGAGGGAAUGCGAAUGGGGAGCCAGGGUGUGAGGGGGAGAGCGGUGGCGGGCAAGCAGGGAGCGAUGGUGUCAUGAAGGCGCUAUGCAGUGAAUGGGGCAGCAGUGAGGGGCAGCACACAUGCACAAUUGGUGCGCCUGCUGAUGCCCCGGCUCCUGCCAGUGCUGGCGAUGCAGCUGAAGCUAGGGAGCUGGCUGGGGAAGAGGGUGGGAGGAGUGCAGAGAGGGGUGUUGCGGAGCAGCGGUGCGCGAUGGAGGAAGGGCAGGGCCGGGAGGACGUGGAGGGGAACGCGGGGGGCGAGCAGAGAGAGAGGGGCGCAAGUGGUGGCGUGGAUGGUGGUGGCGGGCACAGUGAAGGGGAGAGAAGCGGAUGUGGUGCUGCUGAUGGUGACGAGGCUUGUGGAGGGGGAGGAAGGGGGAAGGGGGAAGCAGAGCAGGGGGAUGAGAGGGGGAAGGGGCAGGAGAGGGAUGGUCUGGGCGAGGAUGGUGGGGCGAGUGGGGAGUGUGAGAGGGUGGGAGAUGGUGGGGCGAUGGGGGCAGAUGGGGGUGAGCGAGCGGCGAAUGGUGAGGCGGAUAUAGGGGGUGGGGGGAAGGAGGAGGGGUGUGAGGGGAACGAUGCUGCGGAGGAGGAGGAGGAGGAGGAGGAGGAGGAGGAGGGGGAGGGGGAGGGGGAGGGGGAGGGGGAGGGGGAGGGGGAGGGGGAGGGGGAGGGGGAGGGGGAGGGGGAGGGGGAGGGGGAGGGGGAGGGGGAGGGGGAGGGGGAGGGGGAGGGGGAGGGGGAGGGGGAGGGGAGGGGGAGGGGGAGGGGGAGGGGGAGGGGGAGGGGGAGGGGGAGGGGGAGGGGGAGGGGAGGGGGAGGGGGAGGGGGAGGGGGAGGGGGAGGGGGAGGGGGAGGGGGAGGGGGAGGGGGCAAAGAGUGUAGAGGAGGCGGAAGCGGCCGAGGAGGAAGAGGGGGAGGAGGAGGAGAGAGUGAUGAGAGUGAAGCGAGUGAGGGGAGUGAGGGGAGUGAGGGGAGUGAGGGGAGUGAGGGGAGUGAGGACAUGGGCGGCCAGAGGAAGCGGAAGAGGGCAGCUUCUCGGCAAACCAGGAGCACUCGCCGCCGCCGGGGCAAGCGGGCCACACGCACACAGACAGCAGGGCGGCAGCAGCGGGGCAGGCGGAGUACCGCACAGCACCGCACCCCACCCUCUCGCCGCACUGCUCCCACCCCACCUCCCCCACACAACACAGCGAGCCCGCGCCUGCGCCCGCGCCUCCCCACCUCACCUGCUGCCACACCUACAGGCUCCGGCGCUCGCAGCUCCCCCCUGGCUCUCUCCUCCAGGAGCCCCCGCCUCGCUGCCAUCACCCCGCGUGCUUCCCCCCGACUCACAGCCCUGGCACCCUCUCCCGGGACACUGGGGGGCGAGGCGAGAGGAGGUCGCGAUGGGGAGAGGAGCGAGGGGGGUGGCAGGGCAGUGGGGCGGGUGCGAGCGGGUGCGGGGUGGGUGGGGGGGACGGAAUGGAGGGAGGGCGACCCUUACCUGCCCCAGGUGGGUGAUGACGUCAUCUACUGCUUCCAGGGCCACCUCAGCUUCCUGGAAAGUGCUGGGCGCAGCCGCAGCCGGGGCCUGGACGAGAAGCUUCGGAGGAAGCUGCGGCCGGCGGAGCCGUGUGUGGUGGAGGAGGUGGGGUACUACUGGGUGGAGAGCGGUGGUGGGGGGGCAGGGCAGGGGCGGCGAGGGGGAGGCAGGGGGGCGGGGGAGGCGCGGCGAGUGGGGUGCAGAGCGGUGCUGCUGGUGGUGGAGAGUGAGAGCCCGGCGUUUGGGGAGCGGGUGGGGGUGGAGGUGGAGGAGGAGGGUGAGGAGUAUGUGGUGGAGCGCUGGCGCUAUGAUGCUGCCCUCGCCAACGGCUGGUGCCCCAAGCAGCACUGCCUGGCGUAUUGGAGCCGGGAGUCACUGCCACCAGGCCUCAAGCCACCCCCCCUGCCGGAGUCAUCAUGGGGCAGGGCAGUGGCAGAGCACCCACGCGCAGUGCUCUUCCGCGGCCGCAUCCAGUCCGAUGGCCCCUUUGACCCCGCCCUGCCCCUCAGCCCCUGGCGCAGGCUACGGGUGUACUACGCGCACGACCGCAGUGUGGAGAGGCAGAGCGCGUGGGAGCUGCUGGACCCCGACCCCGCGCUCUGGCCCACCCGCCCCGCCAUGCCCGCGCACCUGCUCACAGCUGCCAGGGAGGCACUGAGGGCGGUGGAGCAGGACGAGGGCGUGCACGGCACACUGCACCUUCUCUACUCGCCCGACUCCUCCCCCGCUGCCCUCUCCUCCAUCCCAGUACCCAUGAGUGUGGCUCUGGUACAGGCGCGCAUGGCAUCGGGGUGGUACCGCUCACUAGACGCAUUGCUGCACGACAUUGCCCUUAUCGCCUCCAACGCCCACGCGCUGCACGGCGCUGCCCACCCCAUCGCUGCUGCUGCCGCCCACUUCUCCACACAGUUUGCUGCCCGCCUCAAGGCCCUCACUAGUGGAAGCAGGGCGUGA